UUACACAUCCAAAGAGUAGUUCUAUUGUUUACGUAGCGAUUCUGACGAAAAUUCGAAUCACGGAAAGUGCAUAUACUGGCACCAAACACGGUCGCGGUUCAUAGAUAUUGUAGAUAGUACACGAGACUCGAAAAGCGCGUUCUAUAGUUCUCCCCUUUACGCGGUAAUGGAUAUAAUGACCGGUGGAUGAUCGUGAAUACGAACGUCUCGAGGCUGCUGCUGCUGCUUCCGAGUGAUGUGCGAGAGGAAGGCUUUACUGCUAAAAACGCUUACCUGUGGAAGGCAUCGCUGUCAGAGAUUUCAGUCAUUUGUCGUUAGUCGGAGAAUGAAGAUUCGCUUCUUAGGUGCGCUGGGAACAAAACGCUACUAUACAACAACAACUACUAAUACUGCUGCUAUUGCUUCCGGUGUGCGGCGAUAGAUGCAAAACAGCAGUGGCUGUUGCCAGUAGAGCUUCUAGAGAACCAGGUGCGGACGGAUCUUUAGUGACAAUCGGGGCGCGAAAGUUUCUUCUUGUACAUACCCUUGAUCGCGUGGCUCACCGUCUUGCUGUCAAUUUGCGCUGGCUGCUGUUGAUGCAAUUGAAAAAAUCGAUCAACAAUGCACGGAGGUUUUGAUCCCGACAAGAACGACUCCGCUUCUUUGCGAGAGAAGGUUAAACUAUCCAGAAACGAAAAAUGGCGCAUCUUGAAAAACAUCACGACGGUUUCUUUUGCAUUCAUGGUUCAGUUUACGGCUUUCCAGGGAACAGCUAACCUACAGUCCUCGAUCAAUGCUAAAGAUGGGCUAGGAACGGUUUCGCUUAGUGUUAUUUAUGCCGCGUUAGUAGUGUCCUGUAUAUUUCUACCCACGCUUGUGAUCAGGAAACUGACAGUCAAAUGGACACUGUGUGUUAGCAUGCUCUGUUACGCGCCGUAUAUCGCUGCUCAGUUUUAUCCGACAUUCUAUACGCUAGUUCCAGCAGGAAUGCUAGUAGGUCUGGGUGCAGCUCCCAUGUGGGCCAGUAAGGCUACUUAUUUGACGCAGUUAGGCCAAGUAUAUGCUAAGCUGACCGAACAAUCCGUCGAAGCCAUUAUAGUGCGUUUCUUCGGAUUCUUCUUCCUUGCUUGGCAAACUGCUGAGUUGUGGGGAAAUUUGAUUUCCAGUUUAGUUCUUUCCAGUGGAGCCCAUGGGGGCACCAGUGUGCACGAUGACAACGCAACCUUCACGGAUUCUGCACUGGAUAAGUGCGGUGCUAAUUUCUGUGUUGUUGAGACUACCGAUAAUGCUAACCUUCAGCGACCACCAGACUCGGAAAUCUUCGAAAUAUCUGCAAUCUAUCUCUCAUGCAUUAUUGCUGCUGUCGUGAUCAUUGCCCUUUUCAUGGAUCCUUUAUCACGUUAUGGUGAAAAGAGACGUGGAUCGAUUUCUGCAGUUGAAGUAUCUGGUGUUCAAUUGCUAAGUGCAACAUUUAAGCAGUUAAAGAAAAUAAAUCAGCAAUUGUUGAUUUUGAUUACCGUCUUCAUCGGUAUGGAACAAGCGUUUAUCGGGGCAGAGUUUACCCAGGCCUACGUAUCUUGUGCCCUAGGAAUUCACCAAAUUGGAUAUGUUAUGAUCUGUUUUGGUGUUGUGAACGCCAUCUGUUCGAUCAUUUUUGGAUCAAUUAUGAAGUACAUAGGCCGUAUCGUUAUUAUCUUGCUUGGUGCUCUUGUACAUGGCGGGGUUAUCAUCUAUUGCCUCUUUUGGAAGCCUCAUCCCGAUCACCCAUUAGUGUUUUUCGCUAUCUCAGGAUUGUGGGGUGUAGGAGAUGCCGUAUGGCAGACUCAAAUUAAUGGUAUCUACGGAGCACUGUUCCGGCGAAAUAAGGAAGCCGCAUUCUCCAACUAUCGGCUUUGGGAAUCUGCUGGUUUCGUGAUUGCCUAUGCCUAUUCCACGCAGCUUUGUGCCCGUAUGAAGUUGUACGUUUUGUUUGCGGUCUUAGCUCUUGGAAUGGUAGGAUAUGCCAUAGUUGAAAUUCGACAGGCGGCGAAGGAACGUCGACUGAAGAAGCUUGACGAAACACCCAAGCAGCAGCAGACCGAAUCCGAUCGAAAAGAAAUCGAAGAGGAUGAUGAGAAGGACGAGCUUGAAGAAGACAUAGUCGUCACCCAUCUGUGAAAUGGUACUACUCGCAACGUGAUUCCACGCGCUACGUGGUUAGAUGCUUCCGUUGAAGCAUCGUUGAAUGAUUCCUAUUUAGAAUUACCUAACAAUUAUUUAAAGAUUUAGAAGAAAUGCAUCGAACAAUAUUUGUGCUAGAAAAAUUUAUCAAUUAGUUGAUAUGUAGUUUAGAUGUGUUUAUAACAUUCCUGUGCUAUUAGCACUGAGACACACUGAGGAUACAAACGUGAUCCUUUCCGAACAGCAGUUAGGCACCCUUAGUAUAUAUAAAAUGAACCUUGUCAAACCUUUGCAUAGUAAGAACAGUCUUCGCUUAAUACUAAACCAUCAAGCCAUAAAGAGCACAUUUUUAGUUAUACCUUCGUUGUAUCGAUAAAACAGGGAUAUUCGAGCUUCCGAGGUGGUAAAUAGAUCUCAUCCAGGCAUGUUCGCACCGUUCAACUUAUUUCAAACGCAUUUUGAUGUCAGAUUUUAGGAAAACAACUUACAAAAAUACGUAAGUCCAGAAUGCCAACGAUGUUAUUAAGAGAAGCAUUGUAAAUAUAUUAGUGCUAUAUGCAGCUGAUACUA